UUCUUUUUUUGCAGUACAAUCUCAAGUGAUUGGAUCAAAGCGGAAAAGGAAUUGAAUGGAUUUGUCAUAGCAGAACAUGAAUUUCUUGGAGUUAAGCUCAAGACCUCAGUUAUCGCCAUCAAAAACUUAAAAUCGACAAAUGUUAAGUUCAGAAUUCUUAAUAAAAUCGAAUACGAGCCAUUUAUGGAGGAAAGCGAGAGGAGAGUUGCGGACAUCGUGCAAGUCUUUCCAAAGGAAUUCCUGUUUGAUCCCUCAGCAGAGCUUGUAUUAGAUCUUCCAAGUUGCGUGGCUUCUAAGUCAUGUGGACAGUUAGUCUGCCUUUACUGUUGUAAUGCGUUGGUGCGACAUGGAGUUAAACAGCUAAAAUGGAAGCCGCUGGACUCUUUCUCUUUUCACGUAAAUGAGAGCAGAACUGAAGCAAAAAUCAUUUGUAAGAAAAGUGGGCUCUACACAAUUAAGGUCACCCAACAUCCACAAGUUACCAAAAACCUGGAUAUUUACACGGAAUGCGAGGUUGCCCUUAAGGAGUUUCCAGGGAUUAAAAUCAAAUUUCCUGGUGGAUGUGUAGCUCGGAAAACUCCUGUAACAUUAGAAGCCAUUAGCAACGAAGACUUGUAUACUGUACCAACUCCAUUAUCAGCCUCCCCGAGAUCACUCGGCUCCUGGCGGCCGCCACAGCGCUAUAAACUGGAGGACCUCGACUCGACCGAUAUGGUUGACAUUACAUCCAGUCCUGUUGUUCUCAUUCGUCCUUCAAGACUCCGUUUUACGCGCCCUGUUCAAUUAACACUACCUCUACUUGGAGAAGAUUUUGAGGACUUCUUUUCCAGAGAAAAUACCAGGAUUGCUGUGCUUCAGAGCAAAGUAUUGGACGAAGAAACAGUUUUAUGGAAACAUCACUAUAGCACACCAGAGGUAAGCGUUUUAUUGUCAGUAUAAAUGCCCCGUAAAAGGAUGAAACAAGUUACCCAAAAUUACGAUUUACAAUAAGCUUAUUAAGGUUUUUAUAAAUAAAAGCAGCGACCUGUAUCAUUUUGUGAUAACAAGCGGUGAUUAACAAGAGCUAACCGGAGAGCGUAAAUUGUAAAUUGUAAAUUGUAAAUAUCUUAUUAUCCACUCCCCUCAGGGCUUUUCAGGGAUAAUUUACAACACUGUUUGGGGGACUUUGCCAGACUGCUUAAGGUGCAGUUUACAAGUAGUGAAGGAAUGAGUAAUGAUGCCCCCAUACAUGAGUGUGAAAGUGAGAUAGGCCACUACACCGGGCACUACGUGCCCUACUCUUUACGAAGAGUGUGUGGGUUCUUUAACGUCCCACAGAUUUAAUACAUGUGCAAGGGCUUGUGAGACGGGGCCUACGGUUUAUCGUCCUUAUCCGAGAAGACUAGAGAGUCUAGCCGUUUGCAGAUAUUAUUACAAAGGCAGCACUUUCUCCUCAGUUAUUUAAAGACCCUGAGUGUUGGUCCGGCCGGGGUUUGAACCCGCGACCUCCCGCUCAGUAGACCGGCGCUCUCCCAACUGAGCUAACGAGGUGGCGGUUGAGCCAAAAUAGCUACGGAGAAACUGUACAUGCCAAAGUUUGAAUAAAUCUCAGGAGAGACCUUGGUGUCUUUCACGGUCCCUUUUACUCACAGGGGAACUGGACUACUGAACGUAGUUUUGAAAGUGUCUCUAUUUGUUAACUUUAUUCCCUUAAGAUUGAGACUUCUGAAGACGGCGUCAAGGUGGCUUCAUUCUUGAUUACAAGAGGAGGCCUUUACAAGCUUGUGCGAAGGAUAUCAAACCAGAACCCGCGACACGUCGAACAGAUUUCGGGUUGCAUUUCAAGAGAGCUUUGUUACCAUGCCAACAACAACUUUGUCACCACCUCGUUACGAGGUCUCCUAACUGAAAUUGCGGAACCUGGAAAACAGUUUGUCUUAAGGAUUGCCCUGUUUGAUAGUUCUCAGCCUAAAAACGCUGACCCUUGCUUUAUCUCUGAAGUCUGCUCUCAACCGCUGUCCCUGCCGCUUGGCAAAACACGAUUUCUUGUGCGAGGCAGCUUUGAGCCCGAUAGGGAUGCCGCUGACCACACAGAAGAGCGUACCGUUAUGUUCACGGGCAAGACCAUGUUUGUGGAUUUCUACUUGAAGUUGAGACUUAGUGAUCCAACCAAGCUCCCCGGUGUCAUUGGCAAGGUAUCGGUGCACGGGGCUGGAGAUGUGCAGUUCUACAUUAACCUACACAAACCGAUUCAGGUAUGCUUCCACCCUUCAAUUUCUUACUCCCAUGGAAAGACAUGAAUUCAAAAUUAAAGAGCUUGAUCACUCCAAAAUGACUGGUAUAUCUCAUAUCCCCUUUUUUCAAGUUUUCAAUGAGCAAGGAAAUGAUAGACAGUCUAACUACAAUUACAUGAGACAUGUUUGCAUAAUAUAAUAAACAAAUCGACUUUUCACAGCAGGUGUUUAUUCAGUUUGUUCGGUAUUUUAACUAUGCCUUUUCUAAACUCACCGGCGAGACUUUCAGUUAUAUGCAUAUGGACUUCAACUUAUCACAGAGCCACUUUUACUUUUUAUUCGUUUAUACUUUCUAGAUAAGGGAGCUGGAUAAUUUCAACGACAAGUCCAGAAUUCGAGAGAAGAGGAGGAAACCCAAGCCCCUGAUAAAGCGACAAACGGUAGCCGAAUUUUCUUCUUUAAGAAAAAUGGCAGAACUCGGUGAGUGAAAAUCAAUACCUCAACUAAAAAGCGUAUUAAACUAAUUCUGUAAGUCUUUCAGGUGUUACACUGCAGUUUGCGACGUGAUCAUCCAUUAUGUACUUAUUGGGACACCAAGGAAAAAGUUCAUUUCCGAGUUAACCAAUAUACUUUUUCUUAACAUGUAAAGAAGUUUGAAGUCUUGAAAAAAUAAAUUAUAUUCUCGUGCAAAUAAAAAAUCUUUAUCUCUUGAAGUAAUUUCAAAUUACCCUUGUUUUUAAAAUAAGCAGCGCAAAGCCGGGGUAGUGGAAAUUAAAUUCGAACUGAAAUAGCCCAUAAAUAUUUCAUCCCUUUGCCUGUUAUUCACUACUCUCUUCAUCUUCCAAUAAAUUAACUGAUCAAAUCAAUUUUUAACUCGUUUGUUUUAUUAUCUAUUCUUCUAUUCGUUUGGUUGCCGUCACUUAAUGAUUCCUUCAUCCAUCCAUCAAUUCAGUUCAUUAAAUCAAAACUGUCUACCUUUACCUCUUGGUAGUUUGUGUAAUCAUUAGUAGCUGUCAAGUAAUGAAUUUUUUUUUGUACUUUCAAUUUUUCAGAUGAUGACUAUGUCUCUUCUUCUCCUGGUGCAAGUGGGAUAUUCCGCCGAUCCCUUCCGAUGCUUUCCGAGACACCUUUAGAGUUUUCCGAAAUGCACUCGCCCUGCACGUCUCCUCCGCUUACAGCAACUCUGCCAGAGAUCCAUCACUCUAAGUCAAGUCAAACGCAUAGCAUUCAAUUAAGUGAGUUCGAGGAAGACUGGGAAGAACUUAGAUAG